AUGGAUAGGAUCCCCGUCCCCGUCGCGCCGCUCAAGUCCAGCAGCUUCUCGGCGGCCACCAACCGGGAGGACAAGCUCGCCCGCAACCUCUCGCUCGGCCCCAUCAAGCUCAACGAGCACAUCAAGGAGGCGCGCGUGGAGAAGGCCGACAUCAAUGCCGGCGGGGAUGCGGGCGGCGGCGAGGACGGCGCGCCGGAGGAGGCCAGCGAGCCGGACUUCGCCACGCUGUCGGCGGAGAUCGACGCAUUCCUCGCCGCCCACAGGGGCGGCGAGUCGCCGCCGCCCGUCUCGGAAGUGACGCUGGACAAGUUCGCCAGCGCCGUGGAGCAGGAGAUCGCGCCGUCGGAGGGGACCGAGGACAAGUGGGUGCCCGAGGUGCCCGGCGAGGUGCCGCCGCUCCUGGCGGCGAUCAAGCGCAUCGCGGCGCUCUCGUCGGCGCUGACCGAGAACCAGGCGGAGGGCGCCAAGUACACGAUCGGGGUGCACCGCGUCACGGGCGUGCUCCACCGCGUGAUGACGUUCGUGGAGGACGAGUUCCACGCGCUGCUCGAGGACCCCCGCGUCGCCAAGACGGUGCCCGGCGGCGACACCGGCAGCGCCACGGGCAGGUCGAUGAGGCGGCCGCCGUCGUUCGGGCACGGCGCCGAGCCCGACCGCUGCGUGAUCCCCUCGUCGGACGGCGGCGGCGCCGGGGAGGCCUCCCCGCCGUUCCCGCCGGAGACCGUGGACCGGCUGCGCGCCAUGGCGGAGGCCAUGUUCGCGGCGGGGUACGACACCGAGUGCACGGAGGUGUUCCUGGUGGCGCGCCGGAACGCGCUGGACGCGUCGCUGCAGAGCCUCGGGUACGAGAAGCCGAGCAUCGACGACGUGGUGAAGAUGCCGUGGGAGGCGCUGGAGUCGGAGGUGGCCACGUGGAUCAAGGCGUUCCACCACACCGUCGAGGUCGGGCUCCCCGGCGAGCGCGACCUCUGCGCCCGCGUCUUCGCCGGCGACCGCGAGGGCCUCGGCCGCGACAUCUUCGCGGACCUCGCGCGCUGCACCAUGCUGCACGUGCUCAACUUCACGGAGGCCGUGGCGCUGACGAAGCGCGCCGCCGAGAAGCUCUUCAAGGUGCUCGACAUGUACGAGGUCAUCCGCGACGUGGCCCCCGUGGUGGACGCGUUCGUCGCCCCGCCCGGCGACGAGGCCUCCGGCGACCAGGGCGGGAGCGCGGCCGCCGCCCUGGCCGACCUCAAGUACGAGCUGGCCUCCGUGCGCUCCCGCCUGGGCGAGUCUGCGGCGGCCAUCUUCUGCGACCUGGAGAGUUCCAUCCGCGCGGACGCCGGGAAGCAGCCGGUCCCGGGCGGCGCCGUGCACCCGCUGACCCGGUACCUGAUGAACUACCUCAAGUACGCGUGCGAGUACAAGAACACGCUGGAGCAGGUGUUCCAGGAGUACCGGCGCCCGGACGACGACGAGCAGCACGAGGGCGGCGGCGCCGGCGACCCGUUCGCGGCGCAGCUGAUGGAGGUGAUGGAGCUGCUGCACGGGAACCUGGAGGCCAAGUCGCGGCUGUACAAGGACCCGUCGCUGAGCAGCAUCUUCCUGAUGAACAACGGGCGGUACAUGCUGCAGAAGAUCCGGGGGUCGCCGGAGAUCAACGCGGUGGUCGGCGAGGCGUGGUCCCGGAAGCGGUCGACGGACCUGCGGCAGUACCACAAGAACUACCAGCGGGAGACGUGGAGCCGCGUGCUGAACCUGCUCCGGGACGACGGCGUGAUCACGGUGAAGGGGCACGUGCAGAAGCCGGUGCUCAAGGAGCGGUUCAAGCAGUUCAACGCCGCCAUGGACGAGAUCCAGCGGACGCAGGGGGCGUGGGUGGUAAGCGACGAGCAGCUGCAGUCGGAGCUGAGGGUGUCCAUCGCCGCCAUCAUCGUGCCGGCGUACCGGUCGUUCCUCGGCCGGUUCGCGCAGCACUUCACCGCGGGGAGGCAGACGGAGAAGUACGUCAAGCUCAGCGGCGAGGACCUCGAGGCCAUCAUCGUGGAGCUCUUCGACGGCAACGCCGUGUCCAUGCCCAGGAGAAGGAUGUAAUGUACAAAUAUAAGGAGCCAUGAGAAACCUCCCCCUGCAUGACGACUAAUUUGAUUUAAGCAACUAUUAUCAUUACUGUAUUUUAUUUUCUGCCCUUUUUUUCCUUCAUUUCGAUCGUUCAUGAGAGUGUUGGUGGAACAGUACAGAAUUACAGAUGUUGUAAUCCCAUACUUAAAAA